AUUGUAAAUGCACUGAGGCUGCGCAGUAGCAGCGCAUACUUGUACACAGAAAUGCUAAUACAGCGGGCCAACAUUUAUGACGUCAUCAGAUCUGCGACAGUGAAAUAAAACGGACACAAGCGUGAUUGAUGGCGUUGAGGCGUGUGGAGGUUCUGGCUCUGUACCGGCGGGUUCUCCGGAUCGCUCGCAGCUGGGAGGCUCAGUCAGCAAUCACAAAUGAUACCAAGACCGAGAGAAAGUACAUCACACAGGAGGCACACUCACUGUUCAGACAGAACCAACACCUGACGGACCCCGAGUUAAUCAAUAAGUGUAUAGCGGAGUGUGAGGCACGAAUAGAGCUCGGACUGCAUUACAGGAAUCCGUAUCCCAGACCUUCGUAUCUUCCUCCAAUGGGUUUGGCCACUCAGAAAGGCAGAAAACUUCGAGCACAGCAGCGACUCAGGAAACAAGCCAAGCCUGUGUACUUACAGUCUCACGACGAGACAUGACUCACACACACACACACACACACACACACACACACACACACACACACUGUAUAUAUGUAUGUAUAAUGCCCCUUCUCAAACAGAAAUACCGGAACUGAAGGUUAUUAUCCUGAGUGAUAUUUGGAGAGAAAAAGUCAGCCAUGUUAAUGAUGUGCAGAAGAGAACAUCUCUCAUGUGCAGCUUUUUACAGCAGGUUUCUUCAUCUGGAUAAGAGUUUUCCUGUCUUUUCCCCAAUCUUCUUGACUUCUUUGCUUCAUGAGAAAGUUAAAGCAGCACGCUGAAUUAAUGUUUUUGGAGCUGUUUCAAAGAAGAGACACAAAAUGCAGCUGGUUUCUCUUACAGGUCGGAGUAAAAGCACAGGAUAUCUAGAACACAUGGAAUCUCACUGUGGACAAAACUAAGUUGCUCAAAACUCCCUUUCAUUUGGAAGCUUAUGUAGUUCCAAAGCCACACAUUCACAAUAUCAAAAUUAAAUAAAAAUGACAGAGUGACACAAAAACAUUUGAGCAGUUCAUCACUGAGCUCAGAGGAGAUCAUGUUUGAGUUUGAGACCAUGCCGUGUUUUUUUUUGGAAUUUAUUACCCAGAAGAUUGAGAGAAAUGACUCACUCAGGCUGCUGAAUUAACAUUCCAGAAUGCCUUCGACACCAGACUGCACGAAUGAGCAGACGCAACAAGUGCAUGCGAUAGGAAAGCGACGCAAAAAUGCGACAGAGGCGUCAGAAAAAAACACAGAAACAAACAGCGUACAGGCAGAAUGUCUCAAUACAGGCAGAUAGUGUGGGAAAGAACAGAAAAGGAGAGAUGCGUGUUCAGUAAAAGUCCAAUCGAAGUCGGUGCAUUCUGUAAGAGAAAAUAAAGCUGAAAUUAGAUAUGCUGA